AGCUUCAGCUGGGCAGAAGGGGCGCAGAGGCUUGGGGCCAAGCGGAGUUUGCCCUGCGGGUCCUGCGCAAGGCCCCAGUACCCCGGCUAAACUUUUACCGCAGGAUCCCUGAGCCGGCGUCCUUCAAGGAGCACAGAGGGCCCCGCAGCACGCCCCUUGCCCAGUGCCACCGACCCCUAAGCAGCGUCAAGGAAGGAGUCCAGAUCAAGGACAGGAAUCUGCGGCCAUGGCCGAGGCCGCGGAGCCGGAGGGGGUUGCCCCGGGUCUCCAGGGGCCGCCGGAGGUCCCCGCGCCCCCGGCUGAGAGAGCCGGAGAGCCAGGAGCCGCGGGCGGGGAGGCAGAAGGGCCGGAGGAGAGCGAGGGCGCAGAGGAGGCGCCAAGGGGCGCCGCCGCGGUGAAGGAGGCGGGAGGCGGCGGGCCGGACAGGGGCCCGGAGGCCGAGUCGCGGGGCACGAGGGGGGCGCAUGGCGAGACUGAGGCCGAGGGAGCCCCAGAGGGUGCCGAGGUGCCCCAGGGAGGGGAGGAGACAAGCGGCGCGCAGCAGGUGGAGGGGGCGAGCCCGGGGCGCGGCGCGCAGGGCGAGCCCCGCGGGGAGGCUCAGAGGGAGCCCGAGGACUCUGCGGCCCCCGAGAGGCAGGAGGAGGCGGAGCAGAGGCCUGAGGCCCCGGAAGGCAGCGCGCCCGGGGCGGCGGGGGACAGCGUAGACGAGGAGGGCCCGCUGGGGGACAACAUAGAAGCCGAGGGCCCGGCGGGCGACAGCGUAGACGCGGAGGGCCGGGUGGGGGACAGCGUAGACCCGGAGGGCCGGGUGGGGGGCAGCGUAGACGCGGAGGGCCCGGCGGGGGACAGCGUAGACGCGGAGGGCCGGGUGGGGGACAGCAUAGACGCGGAGGGCCGGGUGGGGGACAGCGUAGACGCGGAGGGCCCGGCCGGGUGGGGGACAGCGUAGACGCGGAGGGCCGGGUGGGGGACAGCGUAGACGCGGAGGGCCCGGCGGGGGACAGCGUAGAAGCGGGGGUCCCGGCGGGGAACAGCGUAGAAGCCGAAGGCCCGGCGGGGAACAGCAUGGACGCCGAGGGUCCCGCAGGAAGGGCGCGCCGGGUCUCGGGUGAGCCGCAGGAAGCAGGGGACCGCAGCCUCUCGCCCCAGGCCGAGGCAAUUGAGGUCGCAGUCGGGGACAGCGCGGGGCCCAGCCCGGGUGAGCUCGCCUGGGACGCACCGGAGGAGGCGCAGGUCCCGGGGGGAAAGGGGUCCGAGAAAGCGACCCCCGGGGACGCAAGGGCAGACCCUGGCGAGGACGGGGUAGGGGAUAGGCCACAGCAGGAGUCGGGGGAGGACGAAGAGAGACGAGAGCGGAGCCCGGAGGGGCCAAGGGAGGAGGCCGCAGCGGGGGGCGAGGAGGAAUCCCCCGACAGCAGCCCACACGGGGAGGCCUCCAGGGGCGCCGCGGAGCCUGAGGCCCAGCUCAGCAACCACCUGGCCGAGGAGGGCCCCGCCGAGGGUGGCGACGAGGCCGCGCGCGUGAACGGCCGCCGGGAGGACGGAGAGGCGUCCGAGCAGCGGGUCCUGGGGCAGGAGCACGACAUCACCCUCUUUGUCAAGGCUGGUUAUGAUGGUGAGAGUAUCGGAAAUUGCCCGUUUUCUCAGCGUCUGUUUAUGAUUCUCUGGCUGAAAGGCGUUAUAUUUAAUGUGACCACAGUGGACCUGAAAAGGAAACCCGCAGACCUGCAGAACCUGGCUCCUGGAACAAACCCUCCUUUUAUGACUUUUGAUGGUGAAGUCAAGACGGAUGUGAAUAAGAUCGAGGAGUUCUUAGAGGAGAAAUUAGCCCCCCCGAGGUAUCCCAAGCUGGGGACCCAGCAUCCCGAAUCUAAUUCCGCAGGAAACGACGUGUUUGCCAAAUUCUCAGCAUUUAUAAAAAACACGAAGAAGGAUGCAAACGAGAUUUAUGAAAAGAACCUGCUGAAGGCCCUGAGGAAGCUGGAUAAUUACUUAAAUAGCCCUCUGCCUGAUGAAAUAGAUGCCUACAGCACCGAGGAUGUCACUGUUUCUGGAAGGAAGUUUCUGGAUGGGGACGAGCUGACGCUGGCUGACUGCAACCUCUUACCCAAGCUCCAUAUUAUUAAGAUUGUGGCCAAGAAGUACAGAGAUUUUGAAUUUCCUUCUGAAAUGACUGGCAUCUGGAGAUACUUGAAUAAUGCUUAUGCUAGAGAUGAGUUCACAAAUACAUGUCCAGCUGAUCAAGAGAUUGAACACGCAUAUUCAGAUGUUGCAAAAAGAAUGAAAUGAA